UCCUAAUUGAUCACGUUGCAAUUGACCACCAGCCACAGCCAACCGUAUUUUGGUGUUUUUCUAGUAUCGGCCAAUCGGUAUAACCCGUAGUCAAUAGAGACGUAGCAAUCGGAUCCUACCCAAGAAAAAGAAACGAAGUUCCGAAGCAAUAUGGUUGAGUGGUAGCAGUAUGGUUUGACUAAAAAGAACAGGCUUAUUCUUGUCUUUAUGCCUUGUUUGCGCUGAAAAUUUAUCGAGCGUUGGAACCUCGGAUUUCUUAGAAAUCGCAUAAAGCAGAAUAAUUGCUCAAAAGUGCGCGGACAAGGUUGAAUUUCAAGUAUUCGUAUCGAAACGGACGUAAAAGAAUAAUUUUCAGUGCUUUAUAUGAAUUAUAUAAAUUAGUACAUUAAUGAGAUAAAUUAGUUACAGUAAUAUAUAGGUUUAUUAUCACAAGGUAGUUAUUCGUAUCGAUAAAAAAAAUAUUUUUCAUCACGUAAUUGAAGAGAAUAAUUAGAAUGUCCACUAACAUUACACAUACGGAAAAAGAAUUGGAUUUAAGUAACGCUGGUCGUGGUGUAUGGCUUGUCAAAGUGCCUAAAUAUAUAGCUAAUAAAUGGGAAAAAGCACCUGGUAAUAUAGAAGUUGGCAAAUUAAAAAUAACUAAAAAUCCUGGACAAAAGGCUGAAGUAUCUCUUAGAUUAUCUGAGGCUGUUUUGGCUCUGAAAGAAUCUGGAGAAGAGGAAAUACCAAAACAACAUAGGCUAGAUGUUACAACAGUUACUACACAGAUACUAGGAGUAUUUUCCCAUGUUACUCCAUCGACAAGUUCAGAUGCAAUUGUUCCAGAAACAGAAAAGCUCUUCAUGGAAGGUAGAAUUGUACAAAAAUUAGAAUGCAGGCCGUAUGCUGAUAAUUGUUACAUGAAGCUAAAGCUGGAAAGUAUCAAGAGAGCUUCCGUGCCCCAGAGACAAGUUCAGCAAUUAGAUAGAGUAGUACAGAACUUUAAGCCAGUGUCUGACCACAAACACAAUAUCGAAUAUGCUGAGAAGAAGAAGGCAGAAGGAAAGAAGAUGAGAGAUGACAAGGAUGCUGUAUUGGAUAUGUUGUUUGCAGCAUUUGAAAAACAUCAGUAUUACAAUAUAAGAGAUCUCGUAAAAAUCACUAGGCAACCUAUUGUUUAUUUGAAGGAAAUACUCAAUGAGGUUUGCAAUUAUAAUUUAAAAAAUCCUCAUAGAAAUAUGUGGGAGUUAAAACCAGAGUAUCGACAUUAUAAGGAAGAUGAAAAGCCUGUGGAGAGCACUUCAAAGAAAGAAAUUUUAUAGAAUGACAUUGGUCAAUAAAAUUGCUGUACAAAAGCUAAACAACACAGGAUUCAUAAACACGCAUCAAGAGAUUUGUGCCUUGGGAAGAAACCAUGUACACUCAUCACAAUUAGAAAAAUUUCAUAUUUGUCCGUAGGCCAAAAAUUAUUUAAAAUAUUGGGUUGAUGCAUAAGAUCGUCCUGUUUUUAACAAAAAAAAAAUAUAUAUAUAUAACAUUUUAAAAUACAAUUAAUCGAGUAUGCAAUGUUUUGUUCGAUCACUUGCCACCUUUCCGACAGCUACAUGAUCCCACGCUCAUAGAAAUUUAAAAAAUUUUUGAGCGAAAAAUUAGUUAAAAAA